AUGUCUUACUACGAGCAGUGCAAACAGCCCUGCCUGCCCCCUCCCAUUUGUGUGCAGAAAUGCACCAAGUGCGUGGAGCCCUGCAAGACGGUGUGCGUGGAGCCCUGCAGUAGCGUCUGCGUGAAGCCGUGCUCCACACCAUGCGUGGAAGUCUGCCCAACGCCCUGUGCCACCCAGUGCACCACCACCUGCAGCACCCAGUGCGUGGAGCCCUGCAGCACCCAGUGCGUGGAGCCUUGUGCCACCCAAUGCGUAGAGGUCUGCCCCCCUAAGUGCAUCGAUGUCUGCAUAAAGCCAUGUGCCACCCAGUGCCCAACCCAGUGCGUGGAGCCCUGCGUCACCCAGUGCUGCACCAAGUGCGAGCCCUGCCCGCCGCAGUGCGUGGAGGUGUGUGCCACCAAGUGCGUUGAUUCCUGCGAGACCGUGUGCCUGGAGCCAUGCAGCACUGUCUGCUCCCACCCAUGCUGA